AUGAUGCCCGUCCCGACGGUACAGACGAAAGUUUCGCACAGAUUUGUCGGGUUUGCUGGCCGGUUGGUCGGGGACUUCUUCGCCCAACUCGACCUAAGGGCACUCGUGGCAACGUGUCAAUCUGCCAUUCUGCACUGUCACGGUUCGACUCCCGCUGGCGGUGUUGAUAAGACCGAUGCGAGGUCGAAACUGCAGUCCACUGGGGCCUGA